CACACACACACACACACACACACACACACACACACACACACACACACACAUCAAACACGCACGCACGCACACACACACACAUAAACACGCACGCAGAAGUUGACGCCACAUGUGAUUCUGGUCAGAGGAAAACUCCAUAUGAAACUGAUGUAGCGUGUUGUUGUGGAUUUAAGCUAACUGUUCAUGUUGCAUGCUGGAUGAACUUGAAAAGUGUCCGAUCCUUUUUUUUUUGGCUGGAGAAAACUCGGGACUUCUUCUAUGCUCAUAUUAAUGUGAUUGUUCUGUCUGCAGGGUUUACUGACCUUCUCUUGAAGCGUCUGUUUCUCAACGUCAGUCUGGGAGAAAAAAAAGGAAGAGGAAGGUUGGAAAACAAGAAGGAACAUCACAUACGUAGGACUAACAACACUGGUGUAAAGAAAACAGCAUGCAUAUUAUAGGAAGGGAGGGUUGAGGUAUCAUCAGCCCUUCAACUCAGACUGUCCUCACCCUUGAGCCUGGAGCUCCGUGGCCCAGCAAUGAGUGCCACUGUGAGCUUUCAGUCCCACACCACACCCGCCGUAAAGCAGUCGGCAUGGAUAGCGGUGUAUUUUCCUUCUAUGUCAUCCUGGAGAUACUGAUUGCUGCACUUGCUGUGGCUGGAAAUGUGCUGGUGUGCUGGGCUGUUAGCCUGAACAGCAAUCUCCAGACCAUCACCAACUACUUUGUGGUGUCCCUGGCAGCAGCUGAUGUGGCCGUGGGCCUCCUUGCCAUCCCAUUUGCCAUCAUUAUCAGCACAGGCUUUUGCAGUCACUUCCACGGAUGCCUGUUCAUUGCCUGCUUUGUCCUCGUGCUCACACAGAGUUCCAUCUUCAGCUUGCUGGCAAUCGCCGUCGAUCGCUACAUCGCCAUCAAGAUCCCACUCAGGUACAACAGCCUGGUGACGAAUCAGAGAGCUAACGGCAUCAUCUGUCUAUGCUGGAUCUUGUCUGUGAUCAUUGGUCUGAUGCCGAUGCUUGGCUGGCACAUGCCCAGCUUCAGCGUCAACAAAGUCACCAAUGUCACGAACGGCACUUGUUCCCCCGGCAUGACUGAGUGUCUGUUUGAGAGUGUGGUCUCGAUGGACUACAUGGUUUACUUCAACUUCUUUGUCUGUGUUCUUGUGCCAUUGGUGGUUAUGUUGGUCAUCUAUGCCCGGAUCUUCAUGGUGGCUCGUCGGCAGCUCAGGCAGAUGGAGCACAAGACCUCAUUCAGCCACAGUGAGGGAUCAUCCUCGACCUCGUCCUCUCGCUCGGUGCUACAGAAGGAGGUCCAUGCUGCAAAGUCUCUCGCAAUCAUUGUGGGACUGUUCGCUGUUUGCUGGCUUCCUCUGCACAUCAUCAACUGCUUCACGCUGUUUUGUCCGGAAUGCCCGCGCCCACCGAUCUGGAUCAUGUACAUUGCCAUUAUUCUCUCACAUGCCAACUCGGUGGUGAACCCCUUCAUUUAUGCCUACCGUAUCCGAGACUUCAGAUUGACGUUUCGCAAGAUUAUUCGGCAGCAUUUCCUCUGGCGGCAUGACAGGCUGGCCAGCAGGAACACCUCCACCAGGAUUAGUGUCAUUGAGUCAUCCUUCACCAACACGACUAAUGGCAAAGUGCCAAAUCGCAGUGCUGGGAAAAGUCUUACAGUUGUAAAGGAAAUCCUUUGUACAGAUAGAGACUUAUGUACAGACAGAGACUCAAAUUCCUGUCAAAAUGAUAAAAAUCCAGAGUGCAACAUUUCUGAUCGACUUCCUGAUCAGAUUAGCAAUGAAAUUCCUCCUGAGAUUAUGCUGGUGAAGGACUGCUGCGUUAUCACUAAUGUCAGGCUGAGUGCCAUAUCCACAAGGACUACACAUGUGGUGAAGCUUACAGAGGUCUCAUGAAGCAUGACAUUAGCCAGGUUUGAACAAACGUAUAGCCUUGUGUGUUCUGUACAUUCGAGGCCUGGUUACUGUCUGGAGUCAGAUAAGCUUUAGGUUCUCUGUAUCUACGUACAUUUGUGUGGGAACCGGAUGAACAUGGCUAUUAAAAUGAGACACAUCUGAAGUGUCUGGUUUAUCGGAUGGAUUUCCCACGUCUCACAAUUACGGUGCUUAUGAAAUUUUCAGUUCUUUUCAGUUCUCUAUAGUCUAUUUUUUUUCCCUUGACGUUUCAUAGUAGUUUGGGAGUUUCAGACGCACAUUCAUGUAUGUCAUGAAUGGUAAUUGUGGUACUAACAACAGAGAAAUAACUAAGCUCUGUGACCUUGAGGAGUCAUAACCACUGUUCACACUAACAAGUGACAAAGUGAUCAGUGAUUAUGUACAACACAAAGCUGUGAUUUCAGUUACAGUCAUAAAAGAAAUUUAGAUUUAGAUUUUUCUAAUGCAUAUUAGAUUUAACUGUUAUAAAUGACAAAUCCAAAUGGUUGAUACUAGUGAUUCCUGUCCUGUGGUGUGUUGUUCGACACCCCCCCCCCCCCCGCAAAAAACAAAAACAAAACACAUUUUAGUUCCUUUUUACAGUUCUCAUUACUGUUUCCCUACUUACUGUAUGACUUACAAAAAAGUAAAGGAAAGCCUUUCUUCAUCUUAUCCCGUCAUAAACAAAUUUUAAAACAUAUAACAAAAAAGGUCUAUAGAGAAGGUAUGAAAAACUCUAAAGCUUGGAAAGAAGAGGCAUUGUUGAAACCUCUGGCAAGAGACUUGCCAAGGAAUGUACAUAAAUCCAUACCGUACCACCAACACCACAUAAAUCAAACCUAAAUACCAGCAACAAGCUACAGUGUUGUUGGGUAAGACUUGAGAAAUGUUAACAAGUAGACAUAGAUGGUACAAAAUGUGGUGUUGCAUGAUCUCAGCCACACGAAAAAGAAAAAGGAAAGGAUUUUUAGGAAGUUACGUGGAGGAUCAGGUGAGGUAUUUUUCUCAAACUUACCACAGUACAUGGUGAGGUUUAAACAGUAAAGCUGUAUUCACAAAGAAAAUCCAGGAAGUGUUGCUUUUAAUUUAAGCAACAUCAAAGUAAAUUGUACUCUUAUGGCCAGUAGAUACUGUUAUACACAUUAUGUAUGGAAUAAAGCCAGGCUUCACCACAAUCUUGUCACAGCUUCUAUGAAGUUCGCGAUGAUUCCUCUACAAGCCCAAAUGACUGACUGUGAAACAUUUAGUUUUUUGGCAGUUUUGAAUUUUAUCAAAUAAUAAAAAAUUU